AUGGCGGCGGAAAAGCGUCCCAGUUGCCAGGGAGACGUCACCCUGGAGGACGUACUGUCGUCGCUGCUGGCGCUGGCCGACUCAUCGCCGUCCCAAUCGCGCCUCGGCACGCCAUCGAAGCCCCCUGCCAGCCCCGUGUCGCCAGACAUACGUCACGUCUCGUUCGCGCUGUCCCCUUCCAAGGGCAGCGUCGGCCUGCUGCCUGACGCAGGCCACCCGUACGGUCGGCGCUGUAGCGAGGGCAUGGCGCGUCCCGCCACGCCCAUCUCCAUCCUGAAGCAUGAGAACAACCGCUGGAUGGGCUCUGCCACGGCCACCGCUGAGGCCGCACCGCUGGCCCACCAGACGGCCUGGGCAUCGGCCGGGGACGUCAAGAUCACCGUGCCGCUAUCCAGCGGCUCGUCGUCGCUCGACCGCUCUCCAGACCCGGCAGCGAAAGAAGCGAAACUGACCAGACUCAGUGACUUCGCUUUGCACAUGCUCAAGUCUCCGUUCCGAUGAUUUGUUCCGGAGAAUGCUCCGGACAGAGAUCAACGCCACGCGGAUGACGCACGAAGAUCGUUCGACGCGACAGGUGACGGGGAUUCGGAUUCCGAGAACCCUCCGCCGCCCGGCUUCUACGUGAGUUCUACGGCGACCGAGAGCUACGGCACCGAAAC